ACACGUCAAGCCCUAACACCUACUUUUCCUCUUUUUGGAUUUCUUCUAAGAUGUCAUCAUGUUGCUGAAAGUCAAGUACCAAAGUUCCAAGAAGUACAUACGGUUACAGCCAGGUUUCACAUACUUGGAGUUCAUCAGUGAAGUGAAAAACAAGUUUGGACUUCCUGAUGUUACUGAACUGCACAUUUUUGAUGAGACUGACACAGCGGUGGAGGAAGACAUCUUUCUUGAACUUAUAGAGGCCAAUCCUGACAUAUGCCUGACUGUAUGUGACAGUGCAGCAGGAGAUGCUCAUUCAACAUCAUCGUCCCUCACGGAUACCAUGUCUCUGUCCUCAAGUGACAGUGAUCUUCACAGAGAUUUGGGGAUCCCCGUUACUGGAAGUAGACUGAGCACUGGGGCCAAGAACAAGCCUACCACAGAAGUUUCAGAGUCAGAGGCUGCAAAAGAGAUGGUAGAAAAUGCAUUGCGCAUAAAACCUGGAGGUGAGGAUGUCUUGGAGGAGUACAAGUCUGAGAAAUCACUGCAGCAUCGCACGCGCAGGCAGCUUGUUAACAUACUAGCUAGUCACAUGACUGAGAUGCAUGGGAGGAUUCCUUCACGUAAGCAGAAAGAGAAGUAUGCCUUGGGAAUCAUUACACUUUUUCCUUCGCUGAAGGAUCCUUUUUCUCCAAAAGGCUAUCUAAACCAAGACUUCCAACUGUUGUUUGGGGCUGAAACCGCAUCUAAGCUCCUUGAGAAGUGGGAAAUAGCGUUUAAACCCAAGAUUAUUGAUGAGGCCCGACAUCUGACUCGAUCAGCUGAGGUGCACCAACUUCUGAAAGCUGCUGAGAAACUUGCAACAAAUGAUGGUCGGAAGAGGACAAAAAUUAGUCCAUGUGAUGCUGUGGACAAAAUGGUGCACUUUCAUAAGUCAAACUGCAGCAUUGAUGAACACCUGCGGAAACGAGAGGGAAAGCAGCCAUACAUCCUUGCUGUGGGCCGCACCCAAAACAACAUCCAUCAGUUCUACAUUGUCGUGGACAAGCACCUUAUCCCCUGCCAAGCCACCAGCUCCUUGGGUGCUUUUGAUGAAUUGUUUAAAUCUCACUACGUUUUCAACCUGUCCUAUGAUGAGUCCCUGGUCCAGCUCUACACAUUUGUGCAAACAGCAAUCUACAGCAUUGAUGCUACAACAACAAGUGGCUCUCCAAGGGUUUGUGAACUUCGGGCAAAGUUCUUCAACUAA